AUUCCUGAUUUACACGCUUAUGGCGGCACCAAUACUACUACAAACAAUUCUACCAUUUGUGCUUCUAUACCCCCAACCGGAUCCACUCGUCAUUUUAAUGGAGCGCCUCACGCUAUCGACUACCAGCACUUCUUUGAGCCAUUGACUACUAUCUCUGACCCCGCUGCUUCUCAAAAACCCUUGCCUAACUCGGCCUCAGGCAUGGCAAUGAAGCUCAAUCAGCCGCAAUUUCUCUACCACGAGCUUGCCGAUGCAACGGUGCUCGAUGGCCAUCCCGAAACCACGGAACCCAAUACCAAUAUUCCAGCAGUACCUCUUCCAUUCGGAGCUCAGCCGCAGUCUCACUCAGCCUCGAAGUCGCAUUCUAAAUCACAGUCUCGUUCUUCAUUGCCUAGAGAUUCAGGUAGCUGUUUGGGUUGUAGUGUCGCCACCAGCAACAGCUCAACUUCUAACGUGGCUACACAGACGCUCUUCACGGGUGAAAUCAUGGCUACUCAAUUGUUCCAUGAGGAUAUGAGCAUGCUGGUUUAG